AUGUCUAUUUUAAAUUAUUUUACAAAAAAAGAGAGGCCAGUGCUUUUAAACACAGACACGGACAACUCCAUUGCUCGUCAACUAGUCAAUGAAGAACUAAACGAAGUCUACAAUGAAACACCCAAGAAGAGAAAACGCGGAAAUUAUACAGUUUUAAGUGACGAAAUGCGCGCCAAGGUGGCAAAGUUUGCAAACGAAAACGGGACUCCCAAAACAUUGAAAUAUUUCGGUGAUCUAAAUUUAAAAGAAUCAACUGUUCGAUAUUUAAAGAAAACCUACAACUCUGUUCGGAAAAGAAAGCUUAACAUGGAUGUCGAGGAACUCCCAAGGAAAAAACGGGGUCAGCCCCUUAUGUUGGGUGAGAGCCUUGACAAAAAAGUCCAGGACUUAGUCACAGAAAUCCGCGACGCUGGAGGAAUUAUAAACAGUAGAAUCAUCCGUGCAAUAGCAAAAGGGGUAAUUUUGGCCGAGGACAGGAAUAAUUUACAAGUUAAAUAA